AUGAGCAAUACAGUCAAAUUAAUUAAUAGUUUAGAAAAUGUCUUUCGAUUAUUAAAGAAUUUAUUAAACAAUUUUGAACUGACUACAAUUCCAUCUUUAAUUCGUGGUGCGUGUUCUAAACAGAAUAGUCUUAUCGUCUGUAUGGAUUUACUUAAUCAUGCUUUCAAACAAAUCCAACAUAUGACAACAUCAAAUUCAACCGCAUCAGUCGAUGAUACAUGUCAAGAGGUUUAUCAACAACUUCGUUCGUCUUGGGCAUCAUCAGAUAAAAUAUUCGAUACAUUUUUAAAUUUAUCAGAUUCUUUCGAUGAUCUUGAUAAAGAAUUGAAUAAUAUUUAUACACUUUUUCAAACGCUGGAUAUACCUUUAGCAAAUAUUGAUAACGAUUUACAUCAACAAUUUUUAACAAAUUUUUUUGCUAUGAGUAAAAUUGCUACAAUGCGACACGUUUGUCAAUUGAUUAUUGAUCAUUCACAAACAUUUAAUAAUGUUAAAUCACAAAUAACAAACGAUGGUGAUAUUAGCACUAUUAUUGUUCAAUAUCUUGCUGAUUUACUUUCUCUUGCAAUGAGUUAUUUAAUCUUUUCAUUAAUUCCAUCAUCUCAAUCUAUUCUUGAAAAUACUUUUAUUCAAACUGAUAAUCAAUUUCAAGAUUUUAUGAAUAGUACUUGUUUAAUAACACCAACAAAUCAAUUGGCUGAGAUUCAACAAAUUUUAGCACAAAUAAAUGACAUAAAAACUUCAAUAGUUGAUGAUUUAACAACGGAUCAAAAUAUAUUAACUAUUAGUGAUAGUACAUCAACAGUAGUUAUUGAUAAAAUGACGAAUCGUGAACAAACAAAUGAUAAACAACUUUGUUUACAUCUUGUUAAAAUUCUUCAAUCGUGGCUUCUUUUUGAACAAUAUGAAGAACAAAUAAAAUUACAACGAGAUUUAAUUAUUCAUGCAAGAACAUUUGCAGAAAAAGGCUUAGAAAUUUGUCUUUUAAAAACUGAUAUUGAAUCAAAUUUUACUAUUGUUGAACAAGCAGUUUUAGAAUUUCCACCGGUUGAAAAUUUAAAACAAAUAACAUUACAAAAUCUUCCAUCUUUAAUUGAACAAGCAGAACAUGAAUGUGUGAAACAUAAACGAAAUCGAAUUAAAGAAGAACGAGAACUUGAAAAUCCUCGGGUAUGUAUUUUAAUCAUAUAA